AUGGAAAACUAAAGAAUUUGGACAAACCGAUCUAAUUUUAUUAAAUAGAUAAAGAAUGAUUAUUAAGCUAACAUUAAGGAAUAAACAUAAUUUGAAGAAUCAUUGUGUGUACCAAUAUUAUUUGACAACUCUUGUGCUUAAUGCUUUAAAAGGUUUCGAAAAAGAAAGCUGGUGUCGACUGUCACUUAAAUUGAUCCGAAUAUCUCUGAGUUUUAUUACAAGAACCAGCAUGAAUGUUUCUCCAAGCAUAUGUAAUUAAUAUUUUUCAACUAGAAUCUCAAUUGAGAAAGAUGGUGAUUAAUUGCAAAUAUUCUAACAUUAAAAGUGCAAAGUUCAUCAACUCAAAACUUCUGUAAGUUGUGUCAUUUGUGAGAGUAUCAUUAGUAAAAGAAACUAUUAUAAAUGUUAAAAAUGUAAAGCAUAAUUUCACUUUUAAAACGAGUUCAAUCCGAUUUUAGAAUGUCCUGAAUGCAAUUUCAAAUUUUGUAAAUUGUGUAAGAGACAGCACCAUUUAUUUAACUAUUAUGCAUGCACUUGUUAUUAUGAUUAUGGUUAUACAAAUUCUUUUUACUUACUGUUAUUGAUAGUAUUUUAAAUCUUAAUCUUUCCAAUCCUAGUGUAUGGGAAAAGCUUUUAAGUUGGAAUGGAAAUAGCCUCAUUAAUAAUCCCCAAAGUGAUUGAGCUUUAUUUUUACACAGGGAAAUAUAUAUUUUUAUUAUUAAUUCUACCCUUAAUCGCAAUUUACUUGUUAGUGUUUUUGGUUUUGUAUUGGAUCUACAUAAUACCAAAAAGUGUAUACCUAAGUUUACUAGACAUUUAUGAACUUAUGGCUUAGAUUUAUAGGAAUUUUUAUAUAGAAUGA